AUGAAGGGCUCCCCGCUCGUGCUGUGUGCCCAAAGGAGGUUCCUCCGCGUGUACAACUUUUUCAUCUGUGUGAGGAAGGGCGGGGAGGCCACGCUGAUCAAGGAUAUCAAGCAGCGCUACGUGAGGGAAGUAACAAAAUAUGAAGCGCAGAAAAAGAACGUUGCGGAACAAAAAAAUGAAAAAGGAAAAAAAGAAAAACAUUUAGUUCGAUUAGGCAAAUGCAAUGGGGGGGUGCAAAUUAAAUGCUCCCCAUCGCUUAUUUAUUUGCUGUCAUUAAAAUGUGGUUAUGUAGAAAGCAUAUGGCUGAACGUUUCGAAGAAUGCCUCCUGCACUUCCUUGGUCACCCUGGAAGAGAUUAUCAGAAGGAUCCCUUGGGAUUCCUACAUUUCUCCAAACCAUUUGGAGGACAUCCCGUUGAAAGUCACUUCGCGAAAGUCGAAGCUCUUUGAUGUUGCCGACAUUGGACGUGCAGUACGUGUGCGAUUAAAUGAGUUCGUUAGGUCAUACAGAGGGGGUCACAUCACAGGACAGCCGUUUCCAUCUCCAGACGCAUGUCUGCUAACCCCCCCCUUGGAGGACCCCCCUCCGGGUGAACACACACACGAAACGAAUGUGGAAAACGAAAACGAAAGGACAAAAAAAAACACAUGGAAUUUAUUAGCUGUUCAUAUUGAAAAUAACCUAUGCAAUGUGGACAUCAAAUUUACGGGCAAAUUGUCUCCUCGGUUUUAUCAGUACUGUCAUGUGGACGACCAGCUAGCCAGUGUACCCAAUUACAACAAAUGCGACGAUCUGAAUUUCCAUUCGCUCUUCAAUAAAGACUUACAUAUCGGUGAUGAUCAGAUUAAGAGUAUCGUCACGGAGAACGUCCCAUUUUGGUCCAUUUUUGAGGAAAAAAAAAAAAUUCAACUGAGUGAUGAAAAUGGCCUCUCUGGGGAGGACAAGGAACACUAUUAUAAGUACAGCUAUUUUGGGGAUGUCCUGAAAAGGGAUUCACCAGACCGUCUGACCAGUGCCAAUGAAGUGGAACCACCAGGGGAAAAAUACCCUCGUGAGGAAAAACCCACGAAGAAAGAGUACACCCCUGACACGGUAACACACAACAUUGAGAAAGACAAAAGGGAAAAUCAGAACCACCGAAAUGAGGCAAACCCAAACAGUACACUUGGCAUACCCCACACCGACAACGAACGUGUGGUGAACUACCUGCGCGAUAUGGAAAUAAAAAGGAUGAACCAUCAGAAUAACAAUUUCUUUUUAAGUGACGACUGCUACGACGCAGCUAGCUGUAUAUAUUCGCUAGCUGUGCAAAAAUGUCUAAAAAAUCAGAAGCAUGUAAAACUCAUUUGGGACCCCUUCUGCUCCAAUGGGAACAUCAUCUUCGAGUUGUUGUUUUAUUUUCUUCGCAUUCCAAUUUAUAGUGACCAGCAAAUUUUACCCUUCAUGAAUUUGAAAAUAUAUGACCAGCAAGAAUUUCUACGAAUCUAUCGAUACGUUUUGGACAACCCAGAUGGUGCACAGAACCACCAGGUGCAGUUACUCGGUACCGACAGUCGGAGCAUUAUGAUUGCCCAGUGUAAGAAGAACCUAGUCAGGUGUGCAUUGUACUAUAAAGACAUUUUUGAAAAAGUGCAGCAAAAUAAAAGGUGUGCCUAUCGAGGCAGUUUUACUGACGAAGCGGACCCCUCCCCUUCUUCACGUGGAAGUUACUUGAGUAGAAAUUCAUUUUUAGGUGGUGCGCUCAGGGACCAUGUGAUGGGUGAAGAGGAGGAAGAGGACGAUCAGGUGGAUGUGACGGGUGAGAGUUUUGCACCCCCCUUUGAUGAAGUUGCAGAACGGAGUUACGUGCGAGAUAUGGACACGCUGCGCAGGUUGGAGGAGUCUCCAAGGGGGGGAUUACGCAGAAAUGGUACCCCAUCAGAAACAACCCCACCUGAAGCAACCCCAUCAGAAACAACCCCAUCAGAAACAACCCCAUCAGAAGCACCCCCAUCCGUAAUAACCGCCCCCGAUUUGCACACCACGUCUGUAUCCACCACGGAGGACCGAAAGUACAACUUGGAGUUCCCCUUGGAUGUAUCCUUUCACAAGGCCCACUUUUUCAACGUCGCCCCGUUUGUAAAGGACGCUAUAAUUAUAACAAAAAUUCCCCACUUCAGUUUUGUAAAGGAACUCGGAGUCAACAAAAAAACCUUCACCCUGUACGAACAGUUCGAGCAGAUGCUAAGCUCAAGAAGUGACUGGAAGGGAGUAUAUGUCCUCAUCAGAAAUCAGGUCUUUUUAAAAAAGUCCAAAUUGGAGUGGAACAAAAUGCUGUCCUUAAGGGACUCCAAGGGUAGGCACUUAACGUUACUCAGUUGGACGGGGAGAAAAAAGAAUUUAUAUUCUUUUGCAACGGAGGACGACAAACUGAGGGAGCUAGAACGGUUUAGUGAAAGUCUCACCUUUGAGGCGUAG